CAGAGCCGGCAGCUGCUGGCCGAGCAAGUGAGUAGUUACGGCUCCUCCAGCCCUCUGAGUUCACGUAGCAUGGCUGCUGCGGAGCUGGAUGAGCUUGCUGAUGAUCGUAUGGCACUGGUAUCAGGAAUAAGUUUAGAUCCCGAAGCAGCAAUUGGAGUAACAAAACGCUUACCUCCCAAAUGGGUUGAUGGAGCAGAUGAAAUUCAGUAUGAUAUCGCCAGGGUUAAACAGAAGAUGAAAGAAUUAGCCAGUCUUCAUGAUAAACAUCUAAAUAGACCAACACUGGAUGACAGCAGUGAAGAAGAACGGGCAAUAGAAAUAACAACCCAAGAGAUCACACAGUUAUUUCACAGAUGUCAGAGAGCAGUCCAGGUCUUGCAGAGCAGGUCGCGUAGUUGUACAGAACAAGAAGCACGUGUUCUCAGGAAUGUAGUGUCUUCCUUAGCACAGUCCCUUCAGGACCUAUCCACCAACUUUAGGCAUGCACAGUCUGACUAUCUCAAACGCAUGAAGAAUAGAGAAGAAAGAUCCAAACACUUCUUCGACACCUCAGUCCCACUGAUGGAUGAUGGGGAGGAUGAUACACUUUAUGACAGAGAAAUCCGUCAGAUUGUACAGUCAAUCUCCGAUCUCAAUGAAAUAUUUAGGGACCUGGGAGCAAUGAUAGUAGAACAGGGAACAGUUCUAGAUAGAAUUGACUAUAAUGUUGAACAGUCAUGUAUGAAAACUGAAGAGGGUCUAAAACAACUACAUAAGGCAGAGCAAUAUCAAAAGAAGAAUCGGAAGAUGCUUGUUAUUUUAAUUUUGUUUGUUAUAGUAAUUGUCCUUAUUGUUGUUCUUAUUGGUGUAAAGUCACACUAGGUUUCCCUUCAUUUUCUCAUUUUUGAAGUUUAUGUGAACUUUCUUCCCCAAUGUGAAUGGAUGGACCUGCACUCCAGAAAGCUGCCUUUGAAUGUGUAAGCCCUUGUGGUGCAAAGUCUGUGCAAUGUUUCUGUAGAAUUCUUCAAAGUACAAGUUUGGUGAUCUGUGAGGUGUUUGUAAGGGUUAUAUGGAAAAUGUCAGCAAAUUUGAUGCUCCCAUACAAAUAAUUCGGUGCUCUAUGUAGAGGUAUUUGGAAACAUAGUGCUUAAAAAAUAAUCACAAAAUUGAAGUUUACCAGUGAGUACAGUAAUUAGUGCGUUACUGUGAACAAAACCAUGUUGUCUUCUGUAUUCGUAUGUAACAAUUGUUACAGGCUUCAAAUUUAAACCAUGCUACUGAGUCAUGGGACUAGAUGACAAAAAUUGAUCGAGAUGUAAAAUACGUUGAGGCACAAAAAUGUUUGCUUUCAUCUCCUUUUCUUCCAGACUCAAAAACUCCAAAGAACUGGAUAGACAGCUAAAAAAGAAAGCUUUUAGCAACCAAAACAUAAUCCAACCCCUGUGAUCUUAAUUUAGAUACUGCACCAUUACUAAGAAUCAGAGUAGUACUUCAUCUUGUAAAUAACAAGAUUUAAUCACUGGCAUAAUUUAACACAUUUAGUUAAUUAAAAAAAUUUCUGAGCUUGAGUAAUCAUGGGCAUGUUUUUCCUCACCGGAAUGAUCGUAUAUAUUUUUUCCAUGUACAGUUUUUUAAAUUUAAAGUAUAGACGUUACGUUAAAGCAGUGGUGAAGUUAAACCUAAAAAAUAGAGAUUCUCCUUUUGGCUUCCUACUCCAUCUGACCUGCUGUAGUGGGUCUCAGAUGUUUCAAACUUCAGUUGCUGUAUAAACUGUUCACUUCACAGUGCAUCUCUCCAUAUGUGUUAUGUUUUUUGUGUAAGAAGUGACUUCACUACAGUAUAUAUUACAUCCAUUUUCCCUGACAGAAGAGUAUUUCUUUCAAAUGCCUGCCUGGAAGAAGACGUGUUUAUGGUCCUUUACUGACACGAGAGAUGUCAUGCAAGUGACAUGUUACUAGGCCUUCAGUAGAGAAUUUGGGGGGGGGUUUCACUAUUUUUCUCAGUGGAAAACUUUGCUGUAGGCCAUAAGAUAAAUGAGGGAAACAUUUAAGUGAUAGAAUACUCAUGAUUUAAUUCAGGCCUGAAGUGGUGUGCAAUUGGAGAGGCCUUGCCUUAACAUUUUUAAUAUGGCUUUUCUGUAUGGAUUUUUUUCUCCAAAGGGACUGUAACUUAUUUCCUUCAUUUUCUGAUUGAUACAGUGCUCCCCACAAACUUGCAGAGAUGCUCUGCUCAAAGCCCCUGAAGUGCAGUUUCGUAACACUAUGAUAUUAAUGUUGCGUAUGUUGCCUGCCCUGCGUUUUUCUUUCCUGUGUACUAAGGGGGACAUAAGAGGUGGCUUUAAACUGACUUGGUGCCGGAACCAACCUGAAAGCAAAGACUUGCAAGGAUGUGAAAGCCUUGGCUUUUUGUUUGGCUUAUUGUGAAAAGCUUUGUACCACUCAUUACCUCUAGACAAAGGGGAUGUUGAACUUCCAAAAAUGCCCGUUCAAACCCUUGAUUAAAUUCAUAAAGUAACUUGGUAAAAGAAAGACUGAUGCUUGUCGUUGGGUGUGCAGCUCCCCUGUUCUGGUAAUAGAUCUUUUCAAUGAUCGUGAGUAAAACUACUGUCUCCCUAGUGUGCUGUCUACAUCGGUUGGUGUGAAGCAGCAUAUUGCUAUAAUUUAAUAUACUGUAUUUGCAACCUUCUCUCUAACAUGAGAUCGUGUUAUUUAUUUCUGUCUUGACUGGUGCUUUUGACAUUUUAUCAUGGCUAAUGAAUUCAAAGAAGUA